AUCUUUCCAUAAGAAUGAUUGAGCAUCGAGAUUGUAAUCCAUGUCGGGGGAGAUUUGUGAAGGAAUUGGAUUUUUGGUGCUGAAGGCGCCAUCAAAGUGCAGACAAGGAUGUCGGACGAGUGGGUGGCUGAUGGCGGCCGAGGAAGCCACAGGGUGAAGGCCUCCGCCAUGACCUUUCAGGAGAUGACGGACAUGGUCCAGGUUCUGGAUGAAAAGGACUAUGAUUGCAAACUGGCCAGUUAUACGAGGCCCAACACCCGCAAGCACAAGAUUAUGGAGAAGGUGGUGCGCCGGCUGCGGCGCCGUUACAGCGUGGAGCGGUCCAAGGACCAGCUGCGCAAGAGGUGGUCGGAUCUGAAACACAGAGAGGUGGCGCAGCUGCACAAGAUCCGCAAACUCAUUAAGAAAAACAAAAAGAGAGAAAGAGCUGAAGAAGAACAGCAGCAGGCAGAGGCUGAGGAUGCGGCUGGUCAAGGUGAACACGGGUCCCAAGAACCUGCGGCAGAGAUUAAAGUUGAGUGUGAAGAAAGUUCCUAUCCAACAGUGGACAUCCCUGUGAUAAAGAUGGAGGAGAUACCUGUAUGUCUGCAGGAGAUUUCAAGCACAGUGCAAAUCGCACCGGAAACCACCACGAAUAACGUCACGAUGCACCAACUCAGCGCUGAACUGAGGCAAUGCAUCUCAGAACUGGAAUACAUGAGACAGCGCAUACCUGAGAUACAAAGCAGGAUUGGUGUUGUUUUACAGACUCUUGAGAAAAUGUAAUAUGUUUUAUUAUGUUUUAAAAAAAGUUAGGCUUUUAUUUUUAUUUUUUUGCCUAUGUAG